UAUUUGGACUUUCAGGGAAUUUGGUCUUAUACAAUAGCUAGAGCCUAUACCUAUCCCAAAGUCUUUGGAAUCUCAGCUUCCCUUCCCAGCCCAUUAUAUCCAUGGAAUCCUCUGCAAUUCUCACACCCUCUCAGCUCCCUUAUCUUUUCCCUUCAAAAUCCAACAAAAAGAAAGCUUAUCCUUCCUGGCCAUGCAGCAAGCCAAGGACCUCUCAACCCACUCGCUUGCACUGCCAAAAGAUGUAUGUCCCUGGAUUUGGAGAAGCAUCACCAGAAGCUAAGGGAGCCCAAAACCUCCACAAUUUCUUCACUUACAUUGCAGUAAGGAUUGUCGCAGCACAGCUUCAGAGCUAUAACACUGAGGCAUACAAGGAGUUAAUGGAAUUCAUGGAUAGACACUCAUUGAAUGAUGGGGACAAGUUCUGUGCCAGUUUGAUGCGAGAAUCUUCAAGGCAUAAGGGUUUAGCUCUUCGUAUAUUAGAGGUUCGAUCUGCCUAUUGUAAAAAUGAUUUUGAAUGGGACAACCUGAAGAGAGUAGCUGUUAAGAUGGUCGACGAUUCUAACACGAGUAUCAUGAGAGAUUAUGUCUUAGAAACCAGUCAGGCAGAGAGCGAGAAGUAAUCAAUCACUAUACCUGCUUCUCCAAUUGUGAUUGUGAAGUCCUGCUCCAUAAAUCCAUAAUGAUUUAAAGAAUUAAUUGUUGAAUUAAUAGAUAUAACCUCAUAAUAUUCAACUUUGAGGGCUCUAGCUUGUCUUCAGCAUUGUAAGAUGAUCAAUGUCCCAGAAAUAUUCUGAAGAGUGAAGACCCAAACAGUUUUACCAGAAAAAUGGUAAACUUAAGAUGAUAGAACAGUUUAAUUGAAUGAGGAUCAACAUUUUAAUUGGAGCCAGUGCCAUACAUAUCAUAAUUGCAGCAAAUCAGGGUACACUCAAGAAGACACGAAAAUUUCUAGAAUUGCCUCCAGUGUUCUUACUUUGUUUUGGUAUUUAUAGACAAUUAGUAAGCAUACAGUUAUAAGAACUGCUUAAGAACCAUGUGUUAUCCUUUUAUAAGAUCACUUUGUUAUUAAUA